UUAUUUUCUACACUAAACUCUUCAAACUCCCACAUCUACAUAUUCAAAAAGAAUGAAUCAUCUCAAACUCUUCUUUUUCAAUGUUCUCUUAGCAACAAUAUGUACAACAUUUACACAUGCAUCAUCAGAUCAGACCCAUUCGCAUAAUGUCACCGCGAAAAUAUCUGAUGCCGAUGACACUAUCAUACUACCCGAUCUCCACGAGACUACCAUGAGUUCCUCCUUACGUAGAUCCAGACGCUUUCGAGGAAAUAAGCGUCUGCCAUCUAGUUACACUUGCAACAAAUUCCCAAGAGUCUGUCGAGUGAAGGGCAGUGCCGGGCCGGAUUGUUGCAAGAAAAAAUGUGUAAAUGUCAAGGAGGACAGGCUAAACUGUGGAAUGUGUGGGCAAAAAUGCAAGUACAGUGAAAUAUGUUGUAAUGGGAAAUGUGUAAAUGCGUCGUUUGAUAGAAAGCAUUGUGGUGGGUGUCAUAACAAGUGCAAGAAGGGAGAUGUUUGUGUGUUUGGAAUGUGUAGUUAUGCAUGAAUUCAUGCUUUUCGACCGGCAAUUUCGAACGUAAUUAUUUUCGACCGUAUACUAGUUGGUCCGCAUUAUUUUUGUUCGAACUCUAAACGGUUAAAUAUUGUAUUUUGAACUAGU